UUUGCAAUCCGUCGUGAUAAAAGCAAGUUUUGACUCGACGCCGGCCGCUACAGUAGUCGAAUGUGCUUACAUUUUUUUAGAUCUAUCGUAAUACAGUACAAAUUAGGACUGAAUUGAUGAUAUAAACGAAUGUACAUCAUGGCUUCAGGUCGUGUUUCUUCUUUACUGAAUCGUUUCAAAUUCGAACAGCGGUCAAGCAAAAAGUUAACCGCUUCAAGUUCUGGGGAUCCAGCUUUAGAAAAAACAUCUUCCUCCGCAAAACACAAGAGAAUGAAUGGGGAUGCAACACAGUAUUCGGCUUCUUCGCUGCAAUCCCGCUCAUCAACGCCAGAUUCUGAUGCUAUCUUGUGUAUACCCGAGACACCGACGUCAGAUUUACCAGAGUCCAUAGAAUCCGGGAGUCCAGUGUUCCCAUCUGCCAAGAAGCGACUUGCAGAGAACAGCCAGCGGUCCCUGGUCACUUCAGCCAUCUCAAGCCUCCUCUCACCUUCAACAAGUGUUGCCAAGAGCCCUACCUUUGGCAAGCAAAGCCACGCAGCAAACGGGAAGCAGUCCAGUCCGUCAUCCUCCUCUCGCAGCACAAAAAACAAACAGCUCCGUUUUGUUGAUGAAUCGGAGAGCGAAUCGGACAGCGAGCCCAUCUCGCAUCGGGGAGAAUCUAGUUCUCAUUCUCCAAACAGUCGUCGGGACAUGAAAUCUAACGCAGGAUGCGAGACAGAGUCGGACUCUACCCAUAUAGACACGCAGAGCAGCUUGGAGACCGUGUUGUACAGUUAUGAAGAGCAGGGUUCCCUGCGGCCGGGCGGUUUGAAGCGGAAGCUGUCGGAGAUGUCGAGCGGUGGAGAGGUCGGGGGUGGUGAUGAGGAUGAGAAGGAUGAUAAGAUGAAGAAAGACAUCAUGGAACAGCUCAAGGUCUGCUUUCCACGUAAAGAUCAAAAGGAGCUGAAAAGGGCUUUAAAAGCCACAGAUUGGAACAUCAACCAGGCAGCCAAUGACCUCAUGCAAGUGGGGAGUCCCCCAAGGCGCAAGCAUUGCACCUCUCCAACGAUAGAGCCGAAAAAACCUUCUUUUAUCAAGAAAUCAAAUGGAGAGGCGAAAGAUUUCCAGGAUGCCUUCAGUGGCUGGCUGCAGAAACCUUCUGCAGGUCAGCCCAAGAAGAACUGGCCACAACAGAAGAAGGUUCCCAGGAAGGUCAUCAGCUCCUCAGAUGAUGACACUGACGAUGACGUCGUGGAAGUCCCGCAGAAGAGCAAGGAAAGUAACCAGAAGAAGACUUUCAAGCGGAUACGAACGUUCUCUUCCGACAGCAUGGAGGAUGCGUCUCCUGUCAAGAAGACAGAGGGGAAGCCUUUGGACACCAGGAAGAACAGGGACAACCAGAGUGAUCAAGAAUCAGUAUCUUCGUCCAAGAAGGGUGAGGGGGAUCAGGAAAUCCUUACAGACUCUGAUGAGAACGAGGAUGAUGACAAGAAGAGCAAAGGCAAUGGCCGAGCUGGAAAUACCUCAGGGAAGAUCGCAAAUGGGUUCUACAAAAAGGGGGCACCGACGCAAAAUGGUGUCGCAGGAAAGAAACCGUUCCGGAAGGUCUGGGCCGGGUUUCUUUCCAGAGAUAGCACUUCUGCAGCUAAGACAACUGGCAAGAAACAAAGGACCAAAACUGCUUCAAAGGCACCAAGCAUCAAACCUAUCAAACGACCACGGUCCCCGCGAUACAGCGAUGAGGAGGAGGAUGACCUCCGCUAUGGUGACAGCGGGUCAGAGUACGAACUCGAGGAGGAGGUCAGUCCAGAGUUCCAGGCCAUGGCGGUCACUUUCUUCAACGACGCAACCCUUGAAGAGCUGAUCAGCGUCGAAGGAUGCUCCAAAGGAAAAGCCGAGAAGAUCAUUUCUAUCAGGCCAUUUGACGACUUCUCUGAUCUGUUGGAAAAGUUUGAUGGGGUGAAGCAACUGAAUACUAAUCUUGUCUGGAAUUCAGAGGCCGUGUUCAAGGAACGCAAGGUGGUUGAGGAUAUCAUGGCUAGGUGCGUCAAGAUCUCUGAGCGCAUACAAAGGAAGGUGACAUCGGUUAUCGAGAACCCCGAUUCGGCUGUCAACGGCCAGCUUACGCGGCAACCAGCCCUACUUAAUAGGAGUAUGCAGCUGAAGCCCUAUCAGUUGGUAGGCUUGAAUUGGUUGAAGUUGAUGCACUCGGAACAAGUCAAUGGCAUCUUGGCAGAUGAGAUGGGUCUUGGGAAGACCAUCCAGGUCAUUGCCCUACUCAGUCAUCUCCUGGAAGAAGGGACCAAGGGACCGCAUCUCAUCGUUGCCCCAUCUUCUACGGUAGACAACUGGGUGCGAGAGCUCCAGACGUGGUGUCCCGCCCUCGAGGUCGUACUGUAUCACGGAUCGCAAGAGGAUAGGCAGGAAAUUCGGGAGGACCUUCUCUAUGAAGACCUUCCCUGCAACGUUAUCGUGACCUCAUACAAUAUAUGUGCGAGUAGUGCUGAGGAUCGAGGAGUCUUCAAGAAACUACCUCUACAUUACGCCAUCUUUGAUGAAGGGCAUAUGCUGAAGAACAUGAAAUCACAGAGGUACAAUCAUCUCAUGAAAAUUAGGGCUGAAAAGAGGCUACUACUGACCGGAACCCCUCUACAAAACAAUCUUCAAGAGCUCAUCUCGGUAUUAGCCUUCACCCUGCCAAAGUUGUUCAGUGGCAAGGCAAACGAUCUCACGAGAGUUUUUAGUAUGAAGAAACAAAAGACGGGCAACCCUCACGAGCAGAGUAGCUACGAGAUGGAGAGGAUUGCCCACGCCAAGCAGAUCAUGCAGCCGUUUGUUCUACGAAGGAUCAAGGCUGAUGUACUGAGCCAGCUACCGAAGAAGAAGGAAAGCAUCGAGCAUGUUGAGAUGACGGCCGACCAGAGGGAAGGUUACACCAAACUUGUUGCGUCCCUUUCCAAAGACCUCAAAGUCUCUGGAUUCAAACGAGGCAAGAUGUCGUCUGCCAUGAUGGAAUUACGGAAGCAAGCGAACCAUCCCCUGCUUCUGAGGCGUCACUAUGACAACGAGAAGCUCAGGAAAAUGGCCAAGCUCAUGCUGGAGGAGCCAACCCAUUAUGAUGCCAAUGAAGAAUACAUCUAUGAAGACAUGGAGGUGAUGAGUGAUUACGAGCUUCAUAGACUGUGCCAUGAGUAUGGAGCCCUGAGAGAGUACAGACUAGACCAGGAGCUGGUCCUGCAGUCUGGAAAGUUCCAGCUCCUAGAUAAGAUGCUCGCUGAGCUUAAAGAACAGGGAAGUCGAGUUCUGUUGUUCAGCCAGUUUGUGAUGGUUCUAGAUAUAGUAGAAGAGUAUUUGAAGAUCAGAGGGCAUCGGUCUGUACGUAUGGACGGACAGACACCGGUCCAGGACAGAGCGGAGCUGAUUGACAAGUUUAACGAGGACGAGUCCGUCUUCAUCUUCAUGCUGUCAACGAAAGCCGGUGGCGUCGGGAUCAACUUGACUGCAGCCAACACCGUCAUUCUUCACGACAUAGACUUCAAUCCCUACAAUGAUAAACAGGCCGAAGAUCGUUGUCAUAGAGUCGGACAAAGGAGAGAGGUUAGCGUGAUACGCUUGGUGAGCAAGCAGUCUAUAGAAGAAGGAAUGCUAUCCUGUGCUAAUUACAAACUCAAGCUUGAGAAACAGAUGACCAGAGGAUUCUCAGGUGAAGAUGGGAAGGAAGACGAGAAGGACAUUGCUAGCUUGCUCAGAGACGCUCUGGAUAUAUGACAAUGUCAUCACUACCUCACAUUCCCAUGUGUGCAUUCUACUAAUUAUUACCUCGGUCUUUUUCACGGGUUGCAUCUAAGAAUUACCCAUUGUUGUUCAAAUGCCUUGAUAUGAUGCUGAUGAAUGGUAGACAUGUAAGACUGAAGCUGCCGGCAGCCAUGUUUGUACUCCAUGAAUCGCAGAACUAACCAUUGAUGUUGUUAACUGCCUAGAUACGAUACUGUGGAAUCAUAGACCAUUAAGACUGAAGCUACUGGCAGCCAUAUUUGUACUCUAGGAAUCGCAGAACUAACCAUUGAUGUUGUUAACUGCCUAGAUACGAUACUGUGGAAUCAUGGACAAUUGAGACUGAAGCUACUGGCAGCUGUUUUCGUAUGCGCCAAUAAAUUAGGUUCAAAUUUUAGAUAGAACCAUCGAUGUUUGUUAAUUGCCAGGAUAUGCUGGUGUGGAGUCAUUUGACAAUUAUGACUGAAGCUGUCAGCAGCCAUAUUUGCAUUCAUUGGCCCGUAUUCUGAAGUCGGGUUUAAGUUAAACUCAGGUUUAAAGUUGUGGUUUAAGUAUGGGAAGCCAAAAGUAACAAAUUUGUUAUUAAGUUGUAUGUUUCUUAUGUUUACUGUGCUCUUUCCUGAUUCAUCGAUGGUGAAGCCAAUAAUCUUUUGAUACUUCCUAGACAAUUAUGAACGAUUUGAGAGCCAAAUGAGCUGAAGUAUGAUAUCUUUACUGUUAGUGAUUUAUGUAACAAUUGGCUCGCCAUACUUAAACCACAACUUUAAACCUGAGUUUAAGUUAAACCCGACUUCAGAAUACGGGCCCAUGAAUCCAAGUUGCAGGAUGGUUCAACGAUGCCGUUCAGUGAGUGACAUGGUCCAACAAUUCAGGUUCAAUUUUCGAAAGAACCGUUGAUGAUGUUAAUUGCCUGGAUAUGAUGCUCUGGAGUCAUUCGAUGAUCAAGUCUGAAGCUGCCAGCAGCCAUAUUUGUAUUCCAUAAAGGCAAGUCUGUGCAUUGUUAAACCACUCGGCUCAAUGGGUGAGAUAAUAUAGCAGUAUAGCUUGAAUCUGAGAAUGAACCAUUGAUAUUGUAAUCCGAUGUGAUAUGGUACCGUAUCGUCGUUCGACAAUCGAGAUUGAAGCUGCUGGCAGCCGUAUUGCGAGUCCAUGAAGAAUCCACCUAUCAGAUCUAUUGAAAGUAAAACUGCGUAGCUCAAUGGAUGAGAUGGUCCAGUAAUGUAGUUUGAAACUUGAGAAUGAACCAGUGAUGUUAACUGCCAGAUAUGAUGACUUGCAGUCAUUUGAUAAUCAAACUUCAGGCUGCCAACAGCCAUACUCAGACAUGCCAACCGUUCCCUUUUUAGAGUAUUUGUUCCUCUUUUUUGCUAUGAAUACACCAAUACUUUUUUUGUUUGAUUUGUUACUUUUUUUUCUUAAUCAUAGAGUAUGUAUUAUACGCAGAGCGUGACACUAGCGACAGUCCGAGGCCGGUAAAAAUCACGGUUGGGCCAGUAACUUGUUGCAUGAAAAGAACAAGUAUGUAUUAUCAAGUUUUCAAGUACAAUGUAGAGUCAUUUCACAUAUUUUUUUCACCGAUCUCACUACAACAGGCUGGUGAUUGAUUCGUUGAGACAGAUUUUUAAAAAUACUAUUUUUUUGUCAAAAACACUUUUUUUCCUUCUAAGAAUACUUAUUAUUGUUGUAGAAGGUUGGCAGGUCUGCGUACUGGACACUGGGGCACUAUAUCCAUGACUAAUAAUAAUAAUCAGCUUUUAUAUACUCAAAGCACUUCACAAGUAAUUACCUGGUCACUGGAUUUGAUGUUUUUAGCAGCCUGUUAGGCGCACACUUGCUAAACCAACUACAAAGACGGUUCUUUCCUACCGAUGCCCAAUUAGCACCUGGGUGAGAGUGGCAUAGUGUGGAUUGACGCCUUGCCAAAGGACGCUAGACCAUGGUGGGAUUGGAACACACGACCCUCUUUUUACAAGCCGAGAGUCAGAACCACUACACCACGGCGCUUUCAUAGUGAAACCACAAAUCUCAUCGAUGAACUCUAUAUGUGGUAGUGUACAUCUUCUAAGCACUGACUCAGAA